AUGAUCAUUACAGUACCACGAAUACUUCGACGUUCACAUAUCGCUUUUAUGUUGAUCGAAGGAGGAUUAAAUACGGAUCCAAUACCUACCAGCAGUUCUGUAACAGAUUUUGGUGUGAGUACAGGCAGUGUUGCUGUAGAACUGAGACAGAUUCCUAAUGAGCCGAUUCGAUUUAUGGCUGAUCCAGCACAAAAAUCUCGCACAGAAGAUGCAUUAAUAGCAUGGACUUGGAUGACCUUUAUUGAACAAAAUGGUACAAAUCCAUAUGUUCUUCUUCGUUUGCCCAUGACAAAGGACUAUUUCUGGGAUGAUCUACAAGUGAAAACGGGUGGUUCGUAUCUUCGACGUAUUCCAAAUACUGGACAUCACAUACAGGGAUAUCAAGGAAGUCUUCAAAGUUUUUAUCUGAGUAUUUCUGAUAAACAAAUUCUACCAUCAUUCAAAUGGACACGAAUCAUUAAUGAAACCCAUGGGCAGAUUCUUGGAAUUGUCGACUUUAGUGUUGGACAACCCAAGCCAAUAAAUGUCACAGCUUAUCAAGCUCGAUCAGUUACUGGCACAAAGUAG